UCAACAAGAAAAUGGAACCUUCUGCAGGCGGCAUGGGUCCGACUAUGGGAGAGCUGGAGAGCGGCCCGGGGGCCGAUAAAGCUCCUAUCACUGAGGUAACUGAUGAAGAAAAGCAAAAGGAUCACAGUAAAGACCAUAAUUUAAACCAGACACAAGGCACAGAAGCCUUUGAUACAAUGCCUUUAGGUAUUUCAGUCUCUUUACAGACCGAUACAAGUUGGCUUCAUGAACAUAACCAGGAAAAACAGUCUACUGACUCACCAAAUUGUGCAACUCCACCUGCCAGCGAUUCACCAGCAAGUGACCAGGAAGAUGAUCUGUACUCCUCUUUAUCAGACGACCUAAGUGAGUUGAGCAUUCUUUGUGACAUGGAGUUCAGCUCAGACUACAUGACUUUUUUUGAGGAACAACUUAAGACUUUACCUAGAGUUGGGCCACCUACUAUCUUCGCCUACAAGAGAGAAUCCUCUGAGACUGAUAGACAUCUGGCAAUGUCAAAGGUUUUAAAGGAGAAGUCAGAAAAUGAAUUGUGUGAAUUUUGUGGAAAUCCACUGAAGCCAUUCCCUGUCCACUAUCCUAAGGAUAUGUAUUUCUCUGAUGAGCUUUUUUGCUGCAGUAAAUUUAAGAAUAUGUUUGAACUCCUUUUCAAAGAGCAAAUGCACCUUUUUAAGAAAGAUUCAGUGGAGAAUAUUUCGAUUGCACCUCAUGAACCUUAUGGCAGCGAAGCAGAAAGACAAAAAGCAAAGGCAAAAGCAGCGGAAAGGCUCCGACAAAGACAUUUGGCAAAAUUCUUUUCAUCUGUGGUGAUGGACUCUACUUCUGCUGCUGUUUCUGACUAUGGAAAAUCAAUGAAAACCAUUUCCUUUCAACUUUCAAAUACUCCACCUGAACUGGACGCUAGUACAAUAAAACCUGAACGUUCGUCAUAUGAAACUGAUGGUGGUGCAGUGGACGAUGAUUAUUUCUUCUGUGACAUUUCUUUAACAAGUGAAAAGAUACCACUGCAAUUUGUAGAAAAGUACUACAGAACAGGAAGGAAAUUCCUCACAAUGUUUCCAGAUGGAACAGUACAAAUAUUUUAUCCAUCAGGGAACCUGGCUGUCAUUGUAGUAGCAGAUAAACAAAGAGAGUCUGUCUGCCUAGUCCAAGAAGAUAAAUCAAAUAAUGCGGGGAUACAGGCCAUGUUUGCUUCUUCUGGAAAAGCCACCUGCUACCACCCCAACGGAACGGUUUGGAUAAAUAUAACUCCAGUAGGUGGACAGUAUUUGGACAACAUUGGCAGGAGAAUUAGAAGAUGGAAAUGGCAAAGUGUCUUAACCCCCAAGCCUUACGUUCAAUUCAAACCAAUCUUCAUAUCUUUAAAUCAUCAAGUUGGUGUCAGAAUAAUUGCACAAGACCAAAUGUCUGUCUCUUUCUUGGCAAUGGGGAAACAGGCAAAAAUAAAUGUGGGGAGAAGAGAUAAGAUACAAAAUCAAGUGAAGGAGAUGGAAAGAAAUAUUCGGCCAUAUAGAGAAAUAGCGGAGGAUGAAUUGAUUUUAGUUGCCAUGAAGAUCAAAAUUCUUCGUCUGCUGAACAAAUUGAAUGAAUAUUUAAAUUUCCCUUCCAACAAGCAGUGGGAUAGAAUAAAGCCACCUUCAUUUCUAACUGCCCAGGCACAGAAAGUUAUAAAUCUCUGCAGUGUUUGCAAAAUAAACAAAGAGACCAAUUCUUCAAUUCAGACUAUCUUGGGAAACUCUCAAUAAUAAUAUGGCAAUUUAGAUGUUCCUGGACCAUUAAAAAAAACUAAUGGAAAUGUAAGAUUAGUAUGUCACGAUAUAUGACCACAUUAUGGUGUAUUGUAAAUAAAAACUGGAUUAACGUAAA